AUGUCCAUACACUUUCAAGCAGCCUCUCUUCCCAACUGUAGGGGCUCGUUCUGCUCAUAUCUAUCUAUCUAUCUAUCUAUCUAUCUAUCUAUCUAUCUAUCCCAGGCUACUUUCAAAAUGCAUGUUCCUAUUUACUUACACUUUUUUUUCUUUCUUUCUUUUCUUUCUUUUCUUUCUUUCUUUCUUUUUUUACACAGAAAUAUAUUUUUUCUAAAUUCUGAUUUAUUUCUACAAGUCUGCUCAUAUCUAUCUAUCUAUCUAUCUAUCUAUCUAUCUAUCUAUCCCAGGCUACUUUCAAAAUGCAUUCUGCUCAUAUCUAUCUAUCUAUCUAUCUAUCUUAUAAGUAUGUUUCCCCCAACUCUCUCUCAUUUGUUUUCAAUGUUGCUCAUUGUCAGUUUUGAUCUUUUUAUUCGUAUCUCUUUCUCUCUGGCUAUGCUAUCAAGUUCCCGCCGUCUCUUUAGAUCACCAAAGCUAGAGGUGACGUCACAGCUUUCAAGCAUUGUGGGUGUGGCACACAUAAUCCUUGAAUGUUUCUUCUUGAUUUUUCUGUCAAUUUUGAAAUUUUUAUUUUCGUAUUUGAAUAAAAUAAAUUCUUUCUUUUUCUUUCUUUCUUUCUUUCUUUCUUUCUUUCUUUCUUUCUUUCUUUCUACGAUAAUUCGUUUACCUUUCGCUCAAUUUGUUGGUCUGUUUGCUUGUCUAUUUAUUUCUUUUUCACUCUCUCAUUUUCUUUCAUACAUUUUUCUUUCGUUCUUUCUGUCUUUCUUUUUCUCUUUCUUAUUUUCUUUCUUUCUUUCUUUCUUUCUUUUUCUUUCUUUCUUUCUGCGAUAA